GCUCGUACUCAUUGGUGGGUCGGGCGCUGGUGGUGUGCGACCCCAAUCUGCUCAGGGAUAUAAUGGUCAAGGAUUUUAACGUAUUCCCCGAUCACAAACACCUUCAUCCCGGGUCAUCUAAAAUUGAUAAGAGUCUGUUUUUUAUGCCCGGGGAUGACGACUGGAAACGCGUCCGGUCUAUACUGUCGCCGGUGUUCACUUCGGGUAAACUGCGGGCAAUGAUGGCUCACAUAUCGGACAUUUCCGACUCGUUUGUCAAUAAUUUGGACGAUUAUGAGAAAAAAGGUGAAGUGGUAGAUAUGCGCAAAUAUAUCGGUGCGUUCGCCAUGGAUGUGAUCAGUGCCUGUGCUUAUGGUAUAAACACGGAGUCCAUCAAAAACACGAGUCAUCCCAUUGUGACCAACGCUAAGAAAAUACUGGGUGUCGACGCCGGUAUCAGUUUGCUAUUGUCGGUGUUAGCACCCGGGUUAGCCAAACUACUAAGGUUGGAGCCCUUUGACAUAAAUGCUGCCAAUUAUUUCGAUGAACUCACCAAUCAAAUCGUGAAAGAGAGAAAAAUUAUCAACAAAUAUAAAGUGACCGAUAAAUGU